AAACAUUAUGCCACCAGCAGUCUGCAUCACACAGAUUUCUGGGAACAACAGGAAAAUGAUGAAGAAAGCACUAGUUCUCUUUGCCCUGGUGGCAUUUGUGUCUUCAGCUCCUCAACCCAGGAAGCUGUUCCACGAACAUGUUGAGGAUUUUGUCGACAUCAUCAUGCAGGAGUCUAGUGAGGAAGUGUCCCGGCUGAUGGAGGUUUAUUCGGAAUUCGACGAAUUCUGGAAGGCAAUUGAUUACAUGAAGACUAACAAUUUCAAGGAGAUUAUUUACGAAAUGGAAUCUUUACCUGAAUUUGUUGCUGUAAUCGAUUUCUUGGAAAACGAUAACAUCGAUGUGCAUUAUUUCAUUGACAUGCUUAACGAUAUCAUUGAAAACGUAGAAAGGAACGCGCUAGCUCGCCAAUCCGUCAGCGGCCGUGACCUCACAUCAUUCACCAAGGAUUGCAUCGCCGUCUUCCCCAAGGACAAACUGGCAGCUCUCUUCGACCAGAAAAUGGCUGAAGAUGAAGAGUUCAAGACUGCUAUUGAGAACCUCGAAAGUGAGGAAUGGUCAGCUGUCUUCUCAGCUCUCUGGGAAAGCGAAGUUUUCAAAGCUGAAGUGGCCACUCUCUCAGAAAAUGGCAUUGAAAUAAGCGUACUCUUUGAGCAACUCCUUGCGAUUUUUGGACAGAACUAGUCAAACCAUUAAUGUUUUACUGUUGAAGAUAAAAUGUUCAUGUGUAUAAUAUUGAUAUUAUUACCAUUAAAUAAAC